GAAGGAGACAGGAGAGGAAACGUUGCAGCUCCUUUCCUAAGCACUAAUCUGAACAGAUCUUAUCAUGGAUGAUGAUGUGACAAUUCGACCGCACCCGGCACAAGAGGCCAGGUCGGCAGGACGAACCGGAAAGUCACAGCGUUUCCAUCACACAACACAAACUGACGUCCGGACGCGACUUUAAAGAAAAGUCUGAAGAAAAAGAGAUUCUGGGUCAUCGUCACAAAACAGUAGAAGAGUUUUUGUAUCAUGGCAUCCACAGUGUGUGUGUUUGUGUUCUCGGAGACGGAUGCUUUGUGGUUUCACUCACAUCAUUCUUUCACUUCCUCUCCAUCUCUCUGUGAUUAACUCUCUUUCAGAGACUAGACUCAUGUUGAAGAUCUGUUUCUGUUUCACAUUUGAAACUUUGUCCUGGAGCGUAAAGCAGCGAGGAGCGGCCCAAAUAGAAUCACCACCUUUCUGCUUUAUCUUCUUCUUCUUCCUGCUCUUUCAUCUUCUAUUCUUCACCUUCUCUACUUCCUCCACCCACCGCUACCUCUCUCUCCCUCCCUCCAUCUCUGAUCUCUUUCACCUCUGACAUCACAUCGAUGCAACCAAAAGAAGCGGAGCUUAAGACGAGAUAGAAGAAGAAGAACGAGGAGGAGGAGAAGAUGAUUCAUUCAAAUCACUCCAUCUACUCGGUGUUCUGCUGCUGCUGCUGUGCGAUGCAGACCAGGGAGAUCAGCACCCGCACGGAGCUGGAGGGACGAACGACGCUGUGUUUCCAGGGCAGACGGGACCCGGGACGCGCUGGACGGGUCGACAGGUCGAGGAGGAAGCUCCCCCUCCCUCCCCCCGAGGAUGGGGACGGCGAAGGCGAGGGGCUGCUGUGGGUCGUCGCCAUGUACGACUUCAAAGCCAAGGAGGACUCGGACCUCACGCUCAAACAGGGGGAGGAGUACGUCAUCCUCCACAAACAGGACCAGCUGUGGUGGCGAGCGCAGGACAAACACGGGAACAAAGGCUUCAUCCCCAGUAACUACGUGACAGAGAAGAACCGAAUCGAAGCAAACUCGUGGUACUGCAAGAACAUCACCAGGACAGAAGCCGAGCAGCUGCUGAGACAGGAGGACAAAGAGGGCGGGUUCGUGGUGCGGGAGUCCAGUCAGAAGGGAAUGUACACCGUGUCCGUUUACACCAAGACAUUAAGCGUCAGCGGAGAGGUGAGACAUUACCAGAUCAAAGUCAGUGACACGGGACAAUUCUUCCUGGCUGAAAAAUACACCUUCAGCUCCAUACCCGAUGUCAUACACUACCAUGAACACAACGCAGCAGGUCUAGUGACCAGGUUGCGAUAUGCAGUGGGGCCAAUGGGAAGGUGUGUACCUGCCACAGCAGGAUUCAGCUCAGAGAAGUGGGAGAUCAACCCCUGCGAGCUGACCUUCAUGAAGGAGCUGGGCAGCGGCCAGUUCGGUCUGGUUCGGCUCGGCAAGUGGAGGGCUCAGCACAAAGUGGCCAUCAAGGCCAUCAGAGAGGGCGCCAUGUACGAGGAGGACUUCAUCGAGGAGGCCAAGGUCAUGAUGAGACUGUGCCACCCCAAACUGGUGCAGCUGUACGGCGUCUGUUUGCAGCAGCGCCCCCUGCUGAUCGUGGCCGAGUUCAUGGAGAACGGCUGCCUGCUGAACUUCCUGCGGCAGCUUAGCGGCGACGUGAAGGAGGCCUGGCUGCUGUCCAUGUGCCAGGACAUCUGCGAGGGGAUGGAGUACCUGGAGACGCACAGUUUCAUCCACAGAGACCUGGCUGCCAGGAACUGUCUGGUCAAUGAGCACAACGUGGUGAAGGUCUGUGACUUUGGAAUGACCAGGUACGUCCUGGACAACCAGUACACCAGCUCCAGCGGUUCCAAGUUCCCCGUUAAGUGGUCUCCUCCCGAAGUCCUGCACUUCACUAAAUACAGCAGCAAGUCUGACGUCUGGUCCUUCGGUGUGGUGAUGUGGGAGAUCUACUCCGGUGGCCGGACUCCGUUCGAAAACCGCUCCAACCUGGAGGUGGUCAACGACAUCACCAGAGGGAUCCGGCUGUACCGGCCGCACCGAGCCUCGCAGCCGCUGUACGCCAUCAUGUACCGCUGCUGGCACGAGAAGCCUCAGGGUCGGCCGCCGUUCUCUGAGCUGCUGGAGGAAAUCAGAAAAAUGGCCGAAAAUUCUGAUUAACGCACACACACACCAAACGAAGCUGAAUUUCUGAAACCUUAUUUGUUACUGUUCUCAUCAAUGUUCACUGUGUUUUCUCAAUGUAAAUAACAAGUUGUUGCAUUAAAGUAUUUUCAGAUAAA